ACAAAACACCACCAAAUUCAUUCCUCGCUUCAUUUCUUAUUAUUAUUGGUGAAGUUUUAAAACCUUAGCCCUUAGCUCAUCUUCAUUUGGUCGCACUCUUCAGUCUUCAUUCCUGCCACUCUAACGCCUUCUUCCUUAUCCAUUUAUUCACCUUCCUUAGUAGAACUGAGUGUAUUGUGAACAAAUGGCUUCAUCAUUCACUAGCAUGUCUACAAUGGCUGCCCCUGGUGUCCUGGAUAAGAAGCCUUUUACUUGUGCUGACAAGCUAUCCUCAUUGGCUUCUGUUUCUUCAUCAAGUGUGCUUAGUAGACGGUCCAAUGUUGCUCUGCGAAAGUCACGUUCUCCAAAGAUAAAUGCCAUGGCCAAGGAGUUGUAUUUUAAUAAAGAUGGUUCUGCUAUCAAGAAGCUGCAAAGUGGGGUGAAUAAGCUUGCUGAUUUAGUGGGAGUCACGCUCGGUCCAAAAGGCCGGAAUGUUGUUCUAGAGAGCAAAUAUGGUUCUCCUAAGAUUGUCAAUGAUGGAGUCACUGUUGCGAGGGAGGUUGAGCUGGAGGAUCCUGUUGAGAAUAUUGGGGCAAAGUUAGUAAGACAGGCAGCCGCCAAGACUAAUGAUUUGGCUGGAGACGGGACUACUACAUCUGUUGUCCUUGCACAAGGAAUGAUUGCAGAGGGUGUCAAGGUUGUGGCAGCUGGCGCGAAUCCUGUUCUAAUCACCAGAGGUAUUGAGAAGACUGCAAAAACAUUAGUAGCUGAGCUUAAGGCAAUGUCUAAAGAGGUUGAAGAUAGUGAACUAGCUGAUGUCGCAGCGGUCAGUGCUGGAAACAACUAUGAAGUUGGGAAUAUGAUAGCUGAAGCAAUGAGCAAAGUUGGAAGAAAAGGUGUUGUGACCCUCGAAGAAGGAAAGAGUGCUGAAAAUAGUCUUUAUGUUGUUGAAGGAAUGCAGUUUGAUCGUGGUUUUUUGUCACCUUACUUUGUCACUGAUACUGAGAAAAUGACAGUGGAGUAUGAGAAUUGCAAGUUACUUCUGGUUGACAAGAAGAUUACAAAUGCGAGAGAUCUGAUUAAUAUUUUGGAAGAUGCUAUAAGGGGAGGAUACCCUGUGCUGAUAAUUGCAGAAGAUAUUGAACAAGAAGCUCUGGCUACGCUUGUUGUGAACCGAUUAAGAGGGUCUCUAAAAAUUGCAGCUCUUAAGGCUCCUGGAUUCGGUGAACGCAAGAGUCAAUAUCUUGAUGACAUUGCUAUACUAACUGGAGGAACUGUGAUUCGAGAUGAGGUUGGUCUUUCAUUGGACAAGGCUGGAAAGGAGGUUUUAGGUAAUGCUGCUAAAGUAGUUCUUACAAAGGAUUCAUCCACCAUAGUGGGUGAUGGAAGCACUCAAGAAGCUGUGGCUAAAAGGGUUGCACAAAUAAAGAGUCUGAUUGAGGUUGCUGAGCAAGAUUAUGAGAAGGAAAAGCUUAAUGAGAGAAUUGCAAAACUUUCAGGUGGAGUAGCUGUGAUUCAGGUCGGAGCACAAACUGAAACAGAGUUGAAAGAAAAGAAGCUGAGAGUUGAAGAUGCUCUUAAUGCUACAAAGGCUGCUGUUGAAGAAGGCAUUGUUGUUGGUGGUGGAUGCACUCUACUUCGGCUUUCAUCUAAAGUGGAUACAAUUAAGGAUCAACUUGAAAAUGUAGAAGAGAAGGUUGGGGCAGAUAUUGUUAAGAGAGCGCUCAGCUAUCCCUUGAAGUUAAUUGCCAAAAAUGCAGGUGUUAACGGAAGUGUUGUCAGUGAAAAGGUUCUGUCAAGUGAUGAUCUAAGAUAUGGAUACAAUGCUGCCACUGGACAAUACGAAGACUUGAUGGCUGCAGGAAUCAUUGAUCCGACUAAGGUUGUGAGAUGUUGUCUGGAGCAUGCAUCUUCAGUGGCAAAAACAUUUUUGAUGUCCGAUUGCGUAGUUGUUGAGAUCAAAGAACCCGAGCCCGCUCCUGCCGCAAACCCAAUGGAUAAUUCUGGUUACGGCUACUAGACGCAGGUUGAGCACUUUGAAGGAGAUUAAGAGUCAGGUUGAGCACUUUGAAGGAGAUUAAGAGUCGAAUUACGCUAGGGCAUAGUUUUUUGGAAUAGGUUUGUAGAUCGGUUAUUUAUGAUUAGACUAUCAAGCUGUAAGAUAUCGAAUUUUUGGUGACAUCCUUGCGGGAGCUUAAAUUCAUUGGCGGGCAAAAUAAAUGUUUGUGUUUGAUGUGAAAUUGG